AGAGAAAGUAUUGUUUAGGUUAUCUGCAAAGUGUUUUCAGGAAAAACCUGCUUUGGCAAAAUAUUAUUAACUCUAUAAUUAAUUAAUUUGUUUGUUAAUUAAAAAAUAAAGGCAAAUAUCCGCCUUGCGACUUACAACCGCUUCUGCAGAUACAUCCCACAAGCAAAAUCCAAAGCUAGAGAGAUGGGAGAAGAGCACGCCGUGAAUUCACCCCCCUUCGUCGUCACCGAUGGUAAAACCGUAGAGGAAUGCCAAGAAUUGAUUCGGAGAAGUUUAAAAAACCCAGUGGUGAAAUUCUUGAAGGAGCAUUUGGAGAAAGCUGGAUGUGCAUUUGGGGACAAUUUUAUCAAGGCUGUCCGUUGUGAUAAUUCCUCUGGUGGGAACUUUGCUCGUGGUGUAGGGAUAAGGGUGUGUAGUAAUCACAUGAGAACGCAAGAUGAUGUCAACCAAAUAGUUAUCCAUGAGCUAAUUCAUGCAUAUGAUGAAUGUCGUGCUGCAAACAUGAACUGGAAGAAUUGUGCUCAUCAUGCGUGUAGUGAGAUUCGUGCGGGCCAUUUAAGUGGUGAUUGCCACUUCAAACGAGAAUUGUUGCGCGGUUUCAUGAAGAUAAAAGGCCAUGAACAAGACUGUGUGAGAAGACGAGUUAUGAAAUCAGUGAUUGCUAAUCCACACUGCUCAGAGGCAGCUGCAAAGGAUGCCAUGGAAGCAGUCUGGGAUGUAUGUUACAAUGAUACGCAGCCCUUUGAUAGAGCUCCCUGAGGCCCCGUUAAAUCAUUGCCCAACCAGGCAGUCCCAAAAAAUAAGAAUCCGAGCAAAUGAUUGUUUUUGGAGCUGAGGUAAUGCUCUGUUUUUUUAUUUUUCGGGCAUUUGACAUACACAAACAUUGGAUUUCACAGUUCCUCAUGAAAUCGAUAUUUUAACUCAUUUACUUAGGAGAUUCCCUUUAAACUUAAUACUUUCUAUGAUUAGUCUUUAGCAAGAAGAAAAGAAUAAUGAGAGAACAUAUACUGGAUUGUAAAAAAUACUAUUUUCAUUAUUUUAACAAGAAAUUAUUUA